CAGUCAAAAGUUCCCGCCAGUGACGUGUAAAAGGGGAUUUUUUUUGGAUAAACCUUGCUUGAGGGUUUUAGGGCUUUCUAUUUGCUUCCACCUUUCAACUCGUAUUCUCUUCAUUUCUCCAAAUCCGUGGGCAAUUUUAAAGACAGUUUUAUCCAUCUUCUGUACUAGUUUGUCUGGGCUUCAACAUUCUGUGAAGGUAGCAUUUAUAUAUUGUUAAGCAUGGCGAGUAUGCUGGCUGCUCCUACAAUGGCCUCAUUCCAUGUGAGUAUAGGGAGCAAAAACUAUAGAAAGUUGAAAUCUCACAGUGUAAGGGCUAUGCGGAUAGAGAAACCUCUUGAGGAAUUGUACAAUGUAAAAGUUGAACGGAAAGUAUCGGAGGAGCGCCUUUCCCAGCUCAGAGUUUCGAGUUGGUCGAUAUGGAAGACAGGAAAGUGUAAAUUGCCAUGGGACUGGCAAGCAGAUCAACUGGUAUACAUUGAGGAAGGUGAAGUGAGAGUGGUUCCGGAAGGGAGCAAGCAGUACAUGAGUUUUGUGGCCGGAGACCUUGUUCGGUAUCCAAAGUGGUUUGAAGCUGACCUGUUUUUCAACGGACCUUAUCAAGAGCGGUACAGUUUCAGAGCAUAUGGUGAUGACCACUAAUCGUUGCAUCCUUUCAGACCAAAAAAAGAAAAUUUGAUUUCUUGUUUCUAGAAUGCCAUCAGUUCAUUUCAAAGUUAAAACAUAUAUUUCGUUAAACAUGUCAAGUCUUGAAAUCCUUUGGAAGUAUGAUGUUUGGCAGGUAGAUUGCAAUGAACAACAAUGUAGGAUAGGAAUGACUGCCGAAUUGGCAUUUUGCUGGAAAUUCAAUGCCAAACUCCAUUCUUGAUUCCGCUCUUUCAUACAAUAUCUUUUGUAAAAAUAAAAAUAGUAUUAAAAAAACUAUGAAUUAUUUAUAUUUUUCA